AUGAAGUUCUUGUUCCAGUGUCCAUGCUGCUCUUGCUUUUGCUUCAUGAAGCCCAAGGCAGGUGCCAAGAAGAAGGAGCCAUCUGAUGAUGUGAAGCAGAAGAAGGAGGGCAAAAAGGCAGCUGCAGCUGCUGAAACCCCAAAGGUGGAGGAAGCUGCUCCACCUGCUGCUGCUGCUGCUGCUGCUAAAGAAGGAAAAACAGAGUAG